GAGGGGCUGGAUGGAUUCCGCCCCCACCCACCCCGAUUUGGAGAAACGCUUCGGUUUUUUUUUUCUAACUUCUCAGGAAGCAGCAAAUAAAACAGCGUUUCUUUCCUAGGAACUUAGCUUGGACAGGUCCAACAGUACUCUGCAUGUAAAUUGAAUAAGCAGGGUGACAAUAUACAGCCUCUUCCUAUUUUGAUCCAAUCAGUUCUUCAUGUCUGGUUCUAACUGUUGCAUCUUGACCCGGAUACAGGAUUCUCGGGAGACAGAUCGUACAAAUCCAGGAACAAUGGCUCAGGAUAAAUUUGAGAUGAUUGAUGAGCAGGCCCCUCAUAGCAAUGAUCGUGUACAGCAAGAAGAAACAGAUCAUACAAAUUCAGGAAUGCUGACUAUGCCUGGGGAGCAAGAGAUGCAGCCUCUUUCUCCCAAUGCAGGUGGACAAGAGGAAGAACCAGAUCAUACAAAUUCAAGAAUGCUGACUAUGCCUGGGGAGCAAGAGAUGCAGCCUCUUUCUCUCAAUGGAUCUGCAAGUGGACAGGAGGAAGAACCAGAACAGAAAUGUUUGUCACCUUGCUAUAAAUACAUAAAGGCAAGAAUUGGAACUGUCAUUUCUCACAUAAUCCUGAUCGUCAUUAUUAUCGUCAUUGCUUGUCUCCUGUUAAGAGCCAGGGAAAAUCAGAAGAUCCAGGCAGUUCAAAUGGGAACAUCAGUGCCAUUAAACUGCCAAAAGGAUGUAAUAGAAUGUCUACCUGUUACAUGUCCACCAGACUGGAUUCAACACCAGGGGCACUGCUACAAAUUGUCAGAAGAAGAAAAGAACUGGACGGAGAGCCAGCACUUCUGUAUUUUACAUAAAGCUUCCCUGGCCAAAAUUACAAAGGAGGAAAGGGGUAUUAUGAAGAUGUUCACAAGAGACCGCUUCUUUUGGAUCGGCCUCAAGAGAGAAUCAAAUCAACCCUGGAAGUGGCUAGAUGGAGACAAUGCAACGAUGGAAGUCGAGGGAAAUGGAGGAGACUGUGCGUUUUUGGACAGUGAUUUCACAGCCAGAUCAGUGAGAUGCAGCACUGAGCACUAUUACAUGUGCAAAAAAACAUACUCCUGAGAGAUCAUGAAAGAGAUGUCAACGCUGCUAACAUUGGAUGUUUUUGCAUUGACAACGAAGGGAAAUGUAGCCAUCUUUUAUUUUUUGCUUUUAGAGUUAGAUGAUGCUGGGAGGGGGGAUGUGAAG